CUCUCUCUCUCUCUCUCUCUCUCUACAAAGCCUUCUGCCCUUCCCCCUCUCGGUAAAAGAAAAGAGGCUUCUCUCUAUCCAUCUACAAAAGGGCACGUCCCUGUAAGAUAGGCCGCCUUCUCUCACGCCCUCCAAAUGGGGAGGCAUCAGCAACAAGAAGAUAGAGAAGAGGAAGCCUGGACUCUCACUAAACAGGCUCUCGUACAAGAAGCAGCCAAAACCCUAUUUAAUGGCACCCUCGAAAACCAGAUACAGGCUGCAAGGGACAUAAGGAAGCUGUCAAAGACCUCUGUAAAAACAAGAGCAAAUUUUGCAGCAGCUGGGGUCAUUCAACCACUGGUUUCAAUGCUCAAUUUGCCCAACGCUGAGGCCAAAGAGGCCUCGCUCCUCGCUCUGCUUAAUCUCGCUGUGAGGAAUGAGAGGAAUAAGGUCAGAAUUGUGAAGGCUGGUGCAGUUCCCAUGCUUGUUGAGCUCCUGAAAUCUGAAAACCCUAGCAUUCGUGAAUCCACCACUGCUGCCAUUCUCACUCUCUCUGCCUCUGCACUAAAUAAACCGAGCAUAGCCUCCUCAGGAGCCACACCCCAUCUUGUCGAAAUCCUCAGUUCAGGAAGCCUCCAAGGAAAAGUUGAUGCAGUUACAGCUCUCUACAAUCUCACUACAUGCACUGAAAACCUCUCUCCUCUUCUUGCCCCACAAGCUGUUCCCCCGCUCCUCAUGCUCCUCAAAGAGUGCAAAAAAUACUCCAAAUUUGCAGAAAAAGCAACCGCUCUCAUAGAACUUCUCUCUAGCUCGGAUGAAGGCUUAUCUGCAAUUUCCAGGGUUGAAAAUGGGAUUCUCACACUAGUUGAGACUAUUGAAGAUGGGUCUUUGCAGAGCACCGAGCACUCAGUUGGGGUUCUCCUAAAGUUGUGCCAAAGUUCUAGAGAGAAGUAUAGAGAGCUUAUUUUGAAAGAAGGGGCCAUCCCAGGCCUUCUACAGCUCACAGUUCAUGGCUCUCCCAAGGCCCAACAGAGAGCUAGGGCUUUGUUAGAGUUACUGAGAGAAAACCCAACUCCAAAAACCCUAGAAUCUUCGGUACUCGAGAGCCUCGUCUUUAAUAUAGCAACUCAGGUUGAUGGUGCAGAGAAGGCAGCUGAAACAGCAAAAAAGUUGUUACAGGAAAUGGUGCAAAGGAGCAUGGAGCUCAGCUUGAGUAGUUUGCAAGAGAGGGCUUCUUCUUCUGAUACUUCUUCUUCUGAACUUCCCUCUAAGUUUGAAGUAGAGCUCGAACCAGAGCUUUAAUGGAGGAGGCCUUUGGCGUUAAGAUACAGUGCCUAGGAGCCAGCCCAGGCUGACAGCUUUGUUGGUAUCAGGUGACUGGUAAGGGCUGUAUCUUAAAACGACUGUAAGUAAACAUUUUACUUGUUGUUUUUCGUACUUCACGUGUACUACUAUCUCUCUACAAUCUCUGCUGUAUAUUUUUUCCGGUUGUAAAUAGAAUAACAAUUCUCUUAAGUUUUCUGAGAAAUACAUGAGAGUUUGGCUUCUUUAUAGUUUUA